CCUGUAAUCUUAGCACUUUGGGAGGCCGAGGCAGGCGGAUCACAAGGUCAGGAGUUCGAGACCAGCUGGCCAAUACGGCCAAUAUGGUGAAACCGUGUCUCUACUAAAAAUACAAAAAAAAUUAGCUGGGCGUGGUGGCGCAUGCCUGUAAUCCCAGCUACUCAGGAGGCUGAGGCAGGAGAAUUGCGUAAACCUGGGAGAAGGUUGCAGUGAGCCGAGCUCGCACCACUGAACUCCAGUUCAGCCUGGGGACAGAGCGAGACUCUGUCUCAAAAAAAAAAAGUCCAUUCACAUGUUUGAUUUCAGUAAUAAUGGAAGGUACCAUUUAGAAUCAUUUAAGCAACAGGUCCAGGGAGCGUGAGAAACAGGAACCAGCUGUGAGGGUGCUGGGUGUGCGGGUGCAGGCGGGGCUUGGAGCAGCUGGUGAUUGGGGCACAGAGCCCAGCUCUCACCCUGUGGCGUCCCUGCCCCUCACUGCCAGGUCUGUCCACGCGGCUCCCUCCUCCUGCACCCUCUUCCCACCACCUCCCUCUGUUCCCCAGGAGCAGGCUGUGCUAUCACCUGUCCUCUCCCUGUCCGCAGAGUCAUCAAUCCUGAGUUUUAUGUUAAUCACACUCGUGAUUUCUUUACCAUUUUAGCACCAAUUUCACAUCAUCAGGCAAUUCAGCCUGGCUCUGUCUGUUUGAGCGUGGCAGAGCAGAAUCGUGCAUGGGGCCAUUCCUGUGGUGAGGCCCGCCCGUGUGGUCAUUCCAUCGGAGACCGCUGCUCCAGGCCCGCCCUCACCCUGCCGCAGGCAGCUCCGCGUGUGAAUGCACCAGCCUUUGCUUAUGGAUGCCUGUGAGAGUGGACAUCUGACUUGUUCCCAGUCCGGGAUGAUUGUGAAAAUCAGCUGCUGUCAGUUGAUUCGUGUGUGUGCCCGUGUGCAGGAGCCUCUCCUGGGAGCAGGGGUUCCGGGCAGCGGCAUGUGCACAUGGCCACCCCACUCCCCCAUAUGGCGGCCACCAUCUGCAGUGGGCUGAGGCCCCUUGCUCUGUGUCUUCUCAACACUCGGUACUGUAGACUUUUAUCAUUUUACCAAUCAGUUGGGACACAGUGGUGGCUCACCAUGGGGGGUGUGUGUGUGUGUGUGUGUAUUUUUGAGAUUGGAGUCUCACUCUGUUGUCCAGGCUGGAGUGCAGUGGCAAGAUCUCAGCUCACUGCAACCUCCACCUCCCGGGUUCAAGAGAUUCUUUGGCCUCAGCUUCCUGAGUAGCUGGGAUUACAGGCACCCGCCACCAUGCCCAGCUACUUUUUGUAUUUUUAGUAGACAUGGGGUUUUGCCAUGUUGGCCAGGCUGACCUCAGGUGAUCCACCCACCUCGGCCUCUCAAAGUGCUGGGAUUACAGGUGUCUGCCGCCACCCCUGGCCUCACCAUGGUUUUCAUUUGCAUGUUCCCUGCUUUUUAACUGUCACUUUAGGUUCAGGGGCACAUGUGCAGGUUUAUUACAUGGGUCAGCUCAUGUCAUGGAUUCGUUGGACAGACUAUUUCACACCCAGGCACUUACUACACAACAGUUAUUUUUUCUACUCCUCUCCCUUCUCCCUCUCUCCACCCUCAAGUAAACCUCAGCAUCUGUUGUUCCCUUGUGUCCACAUCUUAUCGUUUAGCUCCCUCUUAUAAGUGAGAACAUACAGUAUUUGGUUUUCUGUUCCUGAAAAGUUUGCCAAGGAUAGCGGCCUCCAGCUCCAUCCACCUUCCUGCAAAGGACAUGCUCUUAUUCUUGUUGAUGGCUGCGUAGUAUUCCAUGAUGUGUGUGUGCCACCUCUUCUUUAUCCCGUCCACCACUGAUGGGCAUUGAGAUUGAUUCCCUGUCUUUGCUGUUGUGAGCAGAGCUGCAGGCUGAGCACUCUUCACACUUAUGGUCCAUUUCUGUUUCCAACACUGUGAAUUGCCUUUUUGUGUCUUUUGCCCUUUUUUCUAUUGGGUCACUUGCUUUUUUCUUUUUUUUCUUGAGACAGGGUCUUGUUCUAUUGCCCUGGCUGGAGCACAGUGGUGCAAUCACGGCUCACUGCAGCCUCAAUUUCCCGAGGUUCAAGCCAUCUUCUCAACUCAGCCUCCUGAGUAGCCAGGACUACAGGCCCACACGACCAUACCCAGCUAAUUUUUUUUAGUUUCUGUAGAGAUGAGGUGUCACUUUGUUGCCCUGACUGGUCUGGAACUCCUGGGCUCAAGCAAUCUGCUUGCCUUGGCCUCCCAAGUCACCUGCCUUAUUUUUUUGAGACAGGGUCUGACUCUGUCGCCCAAGCUGGAGUGCAGUGGUGCAGUCUUGGCUCACUACCACUGUCUUCCGGGUUCAAGCAUUUCUCCUGCCUCAGCCUUCUGAGUAGCUGGGAUCACAGGUGUGUACCACCACACCCGGCUAAUUUUUGUAUUUUUACAAAAAGAGAUGGGGUUACCCCACGUUGAUCAGGCUGGCCUCGAGCUCCUGACCUCAAGAGAUCUGCCAGUCUCAGCCUCCCAAAGUGCUGGGAUCACAAGCAUGAGCCACCACAGCCGGCCCCACCUGCCUUCUUUUCCUUAUGAAGGCUUAGGAGCUUGUUGUCUGUUCUUGCCAUUAGCCAUUGCUGGUUCAUGUGUGACAGACAUCUUUCCCCUGUCCUGGCUGGCUCACGUGGCCAUCAUGGUGUCCUGGUUGGUUGUGACCUGCCGUGGACUGUUAGCCCUGCGUCCGACUCCCUCCACUUUCCGUGCCUUUCUUCCCCUCGCUCACCUCAUUCCCAUGUGUCCUAUGCCUUGUCCAGAACACACAUGGAGCAGCCCCCACUUGCCAUUCAUCCUCCCCACCCCAGGCUGCCACCCCCGCUAUCCCUGGCUUCCUUCCAGGGCCUUCUCAGGUGUUGGCACAUGGAACCCACAGAGCUACCAGCCCCCUACUCCUGAGUUUGGACCGGCCUCAGAGUCUGGGAGGCAGAGAUGAAAAGACAGCUGCCUUUACGGUAGAAAAGGCUGAUGGGAUGGUGUGGUCCCAUGAGUCUGCAAGGUCAUCAUCCAGACUUGGAUAGGGCUGCUCUUCAGCUGAGGGCGGGGGGACUACUGCAGGGGACGCUACUGGCCCCAGCACACUGCCCAAGGUGCGCCCGGUCUUCAGUCCACAGGACGGCUCCCAGCAUUCCAUGCACAUCGCAGCCAGCCGGGCCCAGUUCUGCCCUCCAUUCUUCCACCUCGCCCAAGGUGGGGCUGGGGCUUUGGCAUUUGGGGAACCCCAGAUGGCUGUGAGGAACAUGAGGGCUGAGGACCCCUGGACUAAGGGCAUGGCUGAAAAGCAUUUACACACUCAGAGGAGGCACUUGUCUAUUAGACUGAAGAUCCCGGUCUCAAGCCACCCCGGGCUCCAGGAGCGCCUGUCACAUGUUGGCACACAUGCACAGACAGCAGUCCACGCAUACACACACACACACACACACACACACACACACACAGAGAAAUGGGUUUGUGGACAACAUGCAUGUACACCGGGUGACUGAUCAAAGGUGAGGUGACCUUUCAAUAUUGAAAACGAAAAGCUGGAGGCGCUGCCCCUCAAGCCAGGAGGUGGGCAGGGGUCAGCAUGGUCUGGCCAGCUGGGGGAGGCUGCAGGUGACGCCCGCCCCAACAGCGUGCUGUGUCUGCUGUGAAUCUGUUGCUGGGGCCCACUCCCACAUGGGGGCUGUCAGGCCAGGCUGGCUUUCAGGGGCACCACCGUGGGAGCAGAUGUCAUAGCUCAAAUGGGAGAUUCAAAGCUGGUGGUUACCAGGGCUACAGAAAUGCCAGGCUUUUCCUGAGAGUUCGAAUGGACACACAUGUGCACACGUGUCCCGCACAUGCACCCUCAGGCUCUCACGGGGCCCUGGGUGCCUGCAGCUUGACGUCCAGGAUGGGGACAGCGCAGUGCACUAUGCUCUCCUCAGCGCCUCCUGGGCUGCUCUCUGCUACUAUGCCGAAGACCUGCGCCUGAAGCUCCCCCUGCAGGAGCUACCCAACCAGGCCUCCAACUGGUCGGCUGAGCUGCUGGCGUGGCUGGGCCUCCCCAACAUUCUGCUGGAGGACGUGCCCGAUGUGCCCCCCGAGUACUACUCCUGCCGGUUCAGACUUCCUCGGGAGUGACAACCAGGACACCUUCUUCACAAGUACCAAGAGGCACCAAAUUCUGUUUGAGAUCCUGGCCAAGACCCCGUACGGCCACGAGAAGAAAAACCUGCUUGGGAUCCACCAGCUGCUGGCAGAGGGUGUCUUUAGCGCGGCCUUCCCACUGCAUGAUGGCCCCUUCAAAGCACCCCCAGAGGGCCCACAGGCUCCGCGCCUCAACCAGCGCCAAGUCCUGUUCCGGCACUGGGCGCGCUGGGGCAAGUGGAGCAAGUACCAGCCCCUGGACCACGUGCGCAGGUACUUCGGGGAGAAGGUGGCCCUCUACUUCGCCUGGCUCGGGUUCUACACCGGCUGGCUCCUGCCAGCAGCAGUGGUGGGUACGCUGGUGUUCCUGGUGGGCUGCUUCCUGGUGUUCUCAGACAUACCUACGCAGGAGCUGUGUGGCAGCCAGGACAGCUUCGAAAUGUGCCCACUUUGCCUCGAUUGCCCUUUCUGGCUGCUCUCCAGUGCCUGUGCCCUGGCCCAGGCCGGCCGGCUGUUCGACCAUGGAGGCACCGUCUUCUUCAGCUUGUUCAUGGCGCUGUGGGCUGUGCUGUUCCUGGAGUACUGGAAACGGAAGAGUGCCACGCUGGCCUAUCGCUGGGACUGCUCCGACUACGAGGACAUUGAGGAGAGGCCUCGGCCCCAGUUUGCCGCCUCAGCCCCCAUGACAGCCCCGAACCCCAUCACGGGUGAGGAUGAGCCCUACUUCCCCGAGAGGAGCCGUGCGCGCCGCAUGCUGGCGGGCUCCGUGGUGAUCGUGGUGAUGGUGGCCGUGGUGGUCAUGUGCCUUGUGUCUGUCAUCCUGUACCGCACCAUCAUGGCCAUCCUGGUGUCCAGGUCGGGCAACACCGUCCUCACUGCCUGGGCCUCGCGCAUCGCCAGCCUCACAGGGUCUGUGGUGAACCUCAUCUUCAUCGUCAUCCUCUCCAAGAUCUAUGUGACCCUGGCCCACGUCCUGACACGGUGGGAAAUGCACCGCACACAGACUAAGUUCGAGGACUCCUUCACCCUCAAGGUGUUCAUCUUCCAGUUUGUCAACUUCUACUCCUCCCCCAUCUACAUUGCCUUCUUCAAGGGCAGUGCGCGGCUGGAGGCUGCCUCAUCGAGCUGGCACAGGAGCUCCUGGUCAUCAUGGUGGGCAAGCAGGUCAUCAACAACAUGCAGGAGGUCCUCAUCCCGGCCAGAGUGUUCCUUGGUGUCCCCAGCCCCCAACACAGAGCAAGAGGGAAGAGGAAAAAGAGGCCCCAAGUUGAUCCUCAGACACAUGUCUGCCUCAUAUGCCCUUGCCAGGAAGCUAAAGGGCUGGUGGCAGAAGUUCCGGCUUCGCUCCAAGAGGAAGGCGGGAGCUUCUUCAGGGGCUGGCCGGGAGCCCUGGGAAGCCGACUAUGAACUUGUGCCCUGUGAGGGUCUGUUCGACGAGUACCUCGAAAUGGUGCUGCAGUUCGGCUUCGUCACCAUCUUCGUGGCCGCCUGUCCGCUCGCGCCGCUCUUCGCCCUGCUCAACAACUGGGUGGAGAUCCGCCUGGACGCGCGCAAGUUCGUCUGCGAGUACCGGCGCCCGGUGGCCGAGCGCGCCCAGGACAUCGGCAUCUGGUUCCCCGUCCUGACGGCCAUCACGCACCUGGCGGUCACCAGCAACGCCUUCCUCCUGGCCUUCUCGUCCGACUUCCUGCCGCGCGCCUACUACCAGUGGACCCGCGCCCACGACCUGCGGGGCUUCGUCAACUUCACGCUGGCGCGCGCCCCGCCCCACUUCGCCGCCGCGCACAACCGCACCUGCCGGUAUCGGGCUUUCCGGGAUGACCAUGGACACUAUUCCCAGACCUACUGGAAUCUCCUUGCGAUCCGCCUGGCCUUCGUCAUUGUGUUUGAGCACGUGGUUUUCUCCAUCGGCCGGGUCCUGGACCUCCUGGUGCCGGACAUCCCAGAGUCUGUGCAGAUCAAAGUGAAGCGGGAGUACUACCUGGCUAAGCAGGCGCUGGCGGAGAAUGAGGUGAACCACGCGGCCAGUCUCGGCUCCCCCCAGCCCUCCCCCAUCCUUGUCAGUGGCUGCUGCACCUCAGGACACCAAGUCACAUCCCUCUUCCUCUUGCUGCCCUUUCUUGGGGACAGGCUCUUUUUGGAACAAAUGGAGCAAAGGAUGAGCAGACCCAGGGCUCAGAGGCAAUGGCUGUGUGAACCACUGGCUGCAGUCGUGCCCUCGUUUCUGGGCACAUUGCCUGCGUCCCCCCCAACGCCGGCUUCUCUCCUCAGAGUGCCUGUUCCUCCAUCACCGGCAGGGAGGGACUGUCUGCUCACAGAGCCCUGUUUCCUGCUCCGAAACCUCAGCCCAAGGGGCCCCUGCACCCAGGAGACCCUGUCCCUCGGUGGCCUCCCCAGACCCCUGGACAUGACCCUUCUCUGGUCUUGCCACCCCUGGCCGCAUCUCCCUGCUCCUCUUACGUCUGCUGACCUUCAAAUGGUGCUGAGCGCAGGGCCGUCCUCCCUCACGUCCUCUGGACCCACCUGCCUCUUCCUGCCCUGUCCAUGUGGGGACGUCACCCUCAUGCCCCAGCUCUCAAACCCUGCACCUCUGUGCCCCAGGCCAUGGCAAGGGUCCAUUCGCCCCCUCCCUCCAUUUCCAGUUAUUGGGGUCCCUGGAUUCUUGCUGCUUGAGUCAGGCCCCCUUUCCAUCCUCUGCGUCUGCAGUUGCCCCCUGCAGCAAUUAAACAUGUUCGUUGGAUCCCUGCCUGCCGAGUGCGUAACAAGCACCCAAACGGGGGAGGCUCUGGAUAGGAUAUUUGUCAGUGAAAGUAGACAGCCUGGAAGGAAACCUGUACACCUGUAACGUCUGGUGGCUCCUUCCCCAGAUUUGAGUGUAUACAUCAGUUUUCCACCCCGGAUCGUAAUGGGACAUGCCGUCCGUCCUGCACUGAGGAGCCAUGUUCCCCGCGUAGCUGUCCACUUACUAAACAUCCUGAAACGGA